AGAAAGAAAAAUUAUAGAAAGGGAAAAACUUGAGUCUAGGUUCAAAAUUUACAAACAAUAACCUAACUUCGUCUCAAUCCCUAGCUCUGCUUCGUUCUCCGACAUAAUCCCUCUUAAUCGUGUAUUUGGGUGGGUUUCCCCCCCCUUUUAAUGGUAGUUAGGCGAGUUAAUGUCUCACAUGUUUUUCCCCCUUUCUUUGUUUAAAUAUUAUUGCAUUGGAGAAGCAUUUUGCGAGGUCAUCUAAAAGAUGGAUCUUGAAGGCAAUAGAUUUGGGAGGGGCAAUAGAGAACUUGGAGGUGCCCAUGAUCUUGUAAGUCAAUAUAAACUUUGGCCGUUCUACGAAUUCUUCUGCAAGAAAUCACUUCCACUGUCAAUUUCAGAGACACAUUAUCUUCGCAAUGUGGUCGGUGACACAAAAAUCAAAAAAGGAGAAGGAAUGGAACUGGAUCAGCUGUGUAAGAACACCUAUACAAGCGAGAAAAAACCUUGCUUAUUUCCAUUUGACUUGAAUGUACUAAGUGAAGCUUUCCAUAUGAGAGAAAUGGAUCCAAAUUCUGUUUCUUCUGCCAAGAAGGGUCUCCCAAAUCCAGUGCCAAACUCGGCAAACCAAUCUAGAGAGAAUGAAAGGAAGAACAGAAAGAGUGAAAUAAAUAGGAAGCACAAACCACUUCGAAUUAAAAAUGGAAGUUGUGUAGCUAAUAACACAGUUAGACACAACGGUUCUCAUCCCUCACAAUCACAAUCGAAGAAUGAACAAGACAAAAAAAGGAGGGCUGAGACAAGCUAUGAUCCUUCUGUUUCCAAGCGAAUAAAUACAAGACAAUGAGGAUCUGAAUAGAGGGAUCAAUGUGUAGAUGAAUGACAUGCUGGUGAGUUAGCGUGUUUGAAACCAUGUCAAAAUUGUGGUGAAAUCAAGAUAUCUCCAGAAACUACGAAUUUAAGCUGCUUUGCAAUCAUAGGAAUUCAGCCUUCGUAAACAAGCUGUGUUAUUUGGACAUCGUUUGCCGACACCGAAUAAAAUACAGGCAAAAUGAAUAGGUGCACAACUUGAGAAACAAACUAAAGAGAGAGUAAACAAUUGAAAACUAAUACGGUGUCGGAAAUCACAAUCUGAAGUACACAAAUCAUUUGUUACAUCAUACUUAUAGCCAAACUAGUAGCUCUAAAGGUAGUCUUGGUUUUUUGUCUGUUCAACACGGUCCCCACCGUGAUGAAUUUGUUCAUGUAACUUUGUUAUAAACUAAUAUUCAUGAAAUGUCUAAAAUUCUUGUUAUAAACUUAUAUUUA